AGUUCUACAACUCUUUAUUCCCACCACCCCUCCCCUGUGGCACAGUGGCACAGUGUGCGACGACAAGGACGAGCAAGAGCGAUUGAGUGGUCGUGCGUUAUAGCAAAGAUUGUUUCGGAAAAAAAAUAUUGUUCUGGAGCACAGGUUUCUGAAAAAGAAACCGGAUGUAAAGUAUUGCUCUGCCUGGUUUUUAAACGUAAACAAAGCUAAAGAAGUUUUGUUUAUCGUUGUGUCCUUUCAAAGCCAUACAACUGUCGGAUAUUAAAAGAAGAUGGAAGACUCGCGCGUCUAAAAAGUGCUACGCUCUACAACUCCCUGCUCUUGCGCGCAGCUUCGUCGCUGCCUGAACCUACUGGACCACACACGCCGACGCCCCCAAAGACGAGGAUGCAACCCCUUGAGCAGCAAGGUCGGUCCGGUGCAGCACCAGCGGGGGGGGGUAUCCAAGAAAAAAUCUGUGUAAGUGUAACUUUGUGUUCCAGACGAUGCAAGACAGUCAUAACUGUCAUGCUGGACAUGCAACAGAGGCACUUUUCUUACGUGUUUUCACUGAUACUAGCUACGCAUGACAGGUUUUCUCUGUCAUGCAGAGCAAACUUGUGAUGCUGUUCCACCAAGAAAGUUACACUUACACAGUUUUUUUCCUGCAUAGGGGGAGGUGCACCUGCACCCCCCGUCGGAAUGAUGUCCAGUCAGACGCUGGUUUACCAGGUUCUAUGCAUUGCAAAUAUGUCUGGGUCUGGAAGAUUCUUACAUUUGUCAUGCAUGUCUGGCAUGCCAUGAGUCGAUAAUCUGUGAUGCAUGGGCACGAAAAGGCUCUCGUACCUGUCCUGUAAAAACGAUUGCGGAAUACGCAACACACAGCAGCUCAAAAAUUUGUCAUGCUUGGCAGCGUAUUGCAGUCCGGCUAUCAUCCACUUUUAGCAUUACAAGUUUCCAGUAGACCCAGACAUAUUUGCAGUUGAUAGGUUCCAGCUACAGGCCAAACCGCCGCAGCCUCCUCCACCUCGCACCGCGUCCUGGUCGGCGUUCCCAGCGCAGCGACCGCGAAUCAGUUAUCAAAUGCAAAAAUGUCUGGGUCUGCAAGAUUUCGGGAUUUGUGAUGCGUAUUUUGUAUGAUCCAUGAUGCAUGUAAUGCAUGAUCUAGCAUCACAGGUUUUUAGAGGGCUCCCUAGUGAAGCCUAUUCCGCAUGAGAAAUUCCCUCUCCGCGUAACACAAACUGGACUCCUGUUGCUGGUCACGCAAUACCGAUUUUUUUGGAAUCCAAAGACAGCAUGACAAGUUGCAUUCUUCCAGACGUCCAGGGACUUUUACAUUUGAUAUCAGUCCUACAGGAGCAAUAACCGGCAAAACGACCAGAUGAACAUGUCCACGAAUCCCAACGUGAUCAUGACGCCUCUAUCCUGUGCAAAAGUAUCGUACUCGUACAAAUGCAAGUCUUGCAUUACAAAUUUUGCAGUCCAAGGCAAAUCUGCAUUACAAAUUUUAUUUCUGAUGCUGUGGAAAUUUGUAAUGCAUUUAUUUUUAUACGAGUACGAUAAUUUUUGCAAUGCAUAGCCUCUGUCCAACGACAACCCGGCGAACCCGGUAAAUCCGAAUUCUUCGCACCAAUCUAUCACAUGCAAGUAUGUAGUACGUUUUGGUCUGGAAAGUUCUAUUGCGCUAACACACGUGAAUAGAUACGGAGCUAGUGCGCACGACAAGUUUCCGAGCGGCUAUCUGUUACUUAGUUGCCUACUCCGCGUAAAAUGAAAUCGCGUUUCUGCAUAUCACCAACGAGCACUUGUGCUGUUGCGCACGGUGCGUCACUGCUUCAUCUUGUUCCGGCGUCCUCUUUCCAGCCUGACGCUCUUACGAGUCUUGCAAAAAUGAGUUUGAGUUCCAGAUACACGUGACAUCUUAAUUUGCGAAAAUGCAUACAAUCCAUGGAAUCCAAAUACGCCGAGGAUAUCGACCGGGUCAGGCGAAACGGAAAUCUCGCAGUGGCCUGCGCAAUCAUCUGCUUUUUCACCGGUUGCUGCAACUACUGCGCUAUGAACUGCAAAAGUAUCGUACUCGUAUAAAUGCAUUACAAAUUUUCUUAGCAUGAGAAAUAGAAUAGAAUUUGUAAUGCGGAUUUGCCUUGGAAACAAGAUAAGACUCGCAUUUGUACGAGUGCGAUACUUUUGCACAGGAUAUGCGCCAACUGUUGCGUCGCCCCCUGGCUGGCGAUUUUUGGACACAAAGCCAGCUCGGUGCCGAGGGUACUUACUAGUAGAGAAAUGAAGAGAUGUAGCUGAAGAUUGUUGUCUUCCCCUUCAUACAUAACUUUGCCUAGCCUUGAUAGCAGCGGCCAUUUUCCUUGGUCCGUCGUUCUUAGAAUGCGUGGAGAAGUACAAGUAAAAAACUGUAAAAAGUGAUCUAUGAUUUCUCAUGUUGCUCUUGGUCUAACACUCUCUGUUGGGUAUCUUCGGAACUCCUCUUCAUCCAAAAACAGGAUCUGGAUCAGCCGCAAUGUUGUUGCAUUUGCGUGGACGGUAUCCACAGUAAAUUUCCCGUACUACAAAUGCGGUCUCUGCAUGAAAAACAUUGGCUCCGAUCCUAGUUUACUAGCAUGACAAGCGUCACACUCUAAAUUGGUGAAAUUUGUGAUUGACCUUGUACAUGUAAGGGAAAUUUGUAUUGCAUAGACGGCAAGCCAGCGGACAAUGUGAAGCUUUGGUCGACGUUGACUUUCGUCGGCAUUUUUGGAUGGUCGAUCUCCCUGAUUGCCGCUUUCGCCUACGUGCCACAGGAAAAAGUGUUAACGUUAUACGGAAUUUGUGAUGCAGUAGUGCAGCACAAAACGUGCCCAAACUUGGCAAGCAUAGCAUGCAUGCUAGGCGAAAUUUCUCAUUUAUAUUUGCAAUCUAUGAAAACCGUUUCAACGUUACCACUUUUUUCUUCGAUACUACGCGCAAGGAAUUCUCGUCUACCCAGAUCACCAUUGCACGUACAGCUCCCGAGCGAAGUGCGCGACCUGUUUCCAGUUCAACAGCACCAGUCAGGUACCUUAUACUUUUGAAACUGCUCAGUGCCUGUCUUAGUGCAGUUUUUAUCACCAUGGAUUCUUGUGACACGUGGGGUCCUUCGACGGUUUAGUGGCAUCAACAUAAAUCAGGAUGGUCGAGGAAUAAAUUCAGUGCCUUAUUUAUUUUUAGCAUGGCAAACAAAAGGUAUCCGGGUAGACCAGGGCCCCUGCUCAGACCAGGGCCCCUGGGACCAGGGCCCCCAGGACCAGGGCCCCGAGGACCAGGGCCCCUACGGACUGGGGCCCCUACGGACUGAACGGCGUCCCGGAAUCUGGUACACGGCGAGGCGCGGCCGGAACCGGAGCUGCCGCCAGCGUAUCUGGGCCACCAAGUAUGCGUGUCAUGUAAGUCCUAGCAUCGGGCCAGGAGGUGGAAGAAGGCAGGCCACACGUAAUAUGUGACGCAGUCUGCUGACUACCCAGAGCAUCUCUUUCGCUUUCUAUAUUCCUCGACACGCGUCACAAGUUCUUAGUUGUGCAGGCCCAGAUCUAUUUACAAUGCGACGGGCGCCGUUUGUAUUGUAUUUCCCAGCAAAAGCACUGCUUGAGUGGACAGGGAUGCAGCUCAAAGUGCUAACGAGAGACAUCUCAAAUUCUUGUCACCAUGACAGUCCAGAUUCCGGGACGCCAGAUUCUGGGACACGACUGGGGCCCCAGUCCGUAUGGGCCCCGGCACACCAGAUUCCGGGACGCCAGAUUCUGAGACACGACUGGGGCCCCAGUCCGUAGGGGCCCUGGUCCUAGGGGCCCUGGUCCUAGGGGCCCGGGUCCUGGGGGCCCUGGUCCUGGGGGCCCUGGUCCUGGGGGCCCUGGUCUACACCUUUACCCAAACAAAAUAUUAAAUCAUAAAGCUAAAGUCGAACCGUCAAAGAAAAACUAUUAGGUAACGGCCGCCGGUGGGGGAUGGCGGUACUACGAUGACUCUUGGAACACCUGCAUGGCCGGCCCGGGCGGGGUAUCCUGUGCAAAAGUAUCGUACUCGUAGUAAUCGCAAACAUGCAUUACAAAUCUUGCUCUUAAGGCAGACCCGCAUUACAAAUUUAUUUUUCUCAUGCUGAGGAAAUUUGUAAUGCAUUUAUACGAGUACGAUACUUUUGCAUUUCAUACGGGGCGCCGAGCCAAAACCUGCUGGCGGACCCGUGUUACCAUGAUAGGAAUAAUCUUCUGAGAGAGACUAUCAAAUGUAAAAAUGUCUGGGUCUGGAAGAAUUCAUGUUUGUCAUGCUUGUCUGGCCUGACCCUUAAAUCUGUCAUGCACGUUACCCAAGAGCUCCGCUUUUCUGUGAUGCAGAAGCGCAGUUUGUCAUGCAGAAGAGGCAACACCUAGGAGCUCAGAAACUUGUCAUGCUGAGCCAGCAUCUGUAGCCUCAUCAUGAGACGCCACCCAGCAUCACAAGUUUCCAGACCCAGACAUUUUUACAUUUGGUAGAGACAGUGGGGUGGAUACAAGGGGGCCCGACGGAGUCCAGUUACAGCUACAAGUGUCCCUACUACCCGGAAAACAGCGGCACAAUCGAUUUGGUGGAUUCAAGUAAGAGGAAUUCGCUUUGGUACGAUGUCAGGACGGACAACUGGAUUCAGCAGCUCGUAUUCGGGUUCACAUGUCACGGGUAUCAUUUGUGACAAGAACGUUGCUGCUGUUGCAACACUUGAUGGUUCGUGAUUAAAACACUUAUUAUUUCGUUUGGCUGCUAAAAUUUAUUUUUGAGUAUUUUUUCGCAUGAAAUGGGGGGUGCCGCGCUCAUAGCGGCACGCUUUUUCUAAGAGUCUAAGUCUUUUGAAAGCAUAAGAAAACAACCGUAUUAACAUAAGAUUAUCAGGUAUCGUACGAAAAAAGUGUUUCACUGUAAGGAUUUUGCAAGUUCUGCAUCACAAGUUUGCUCUUCGUCACAGAGAGAAUUUGCCAUGUGUGCUCCCUAAGGGGAAACACAGCUAAACAUCCAUUGUCUUGCAUGUGUAGCAAGACAAACACUUCCCAGAUAUAUUCUCUGCAUUACAAGUUUAAUACAGUGAAACAGUUUUUUCUUGCGAUAUCAGGUACGAAAAUUCUCUGAACAACCCGUCCUACCCGCUCUGCACGGAGCUCUGCGCCUGUAUGGCGUUCUCAAGCGUUACAUUCUGAACUGUUGCAUGAAUUUGUGAUGCAAGAACCGCAACAGUGAAAGGGGCAAGCUUGCAACUCUCGCGUCACAAAUCCGGCACAGAUUUAGGGCGCUGUUUAGCCCUUCGGGGAUUUGUCAUGCGAGGUGGCUUGAUUUUCUGGUGGUUCAUGGUAGUUUUGCAUGACAAAUCAUGUAACGGUUGAGAAUGUCACGUUUGAGAAUCCCAUAGCCUGCCUCGGCGGUCACACGGAGCAAACAGAGCAGUUAUGAACUCCACAAGUAUCGUACUAGUAUAAUUUAUUGCAUGACAAAUUUGAUGCUCAGCAUGAGAAAGAAAAUUUGUAAUGCGGAUUUACCUUCAGAAAAACAUUUGUAGUGCAUAAUUGCGAGUUUUACUACGAGUACGAUACUUAUGCACAGGAUAGCAGUCAAGGUCGAGCGAGUCUUACGCCAUGUUCGCGAUAGUUUUGUCCAUCAUCAGUACCUAUCAAAUGCAAAUAUGUCUCGGUCUGGAAACCUGUGAUGCUAAAAUGUGGAUGACGGAACUACUUCCGAAUGCAGCCCAGCAUGACAACUUUCCCGAUCGCUUUAUUCUCAUACGCAAUCCGCAUGAGAGUCUGCUUUUUUGCAUGACAAAGUGGCUGCGACUUUUGUUGGUUCUGCAAUACAGAUUUAUUUCCAGGAAUGUAAAGGUGGCACUACAAGUUCCAAGUUUCCAUACCCAGAGGUAUUUGGACUUGAUAGCACCUUAUCCAUGAUCUUUCUCUGCGCCGUCCAACUCGAUACGCGCUCCACCAUGAAACAAAUGGAAAACACGUGGCCGCUGAUAAAGAACUCCGCUGGUGGUGCAAGCGGCAUAACGCCCUACAAUUUCCGAAGUGGCGGCACGCCGAACACGCUGGGGGUUCCGGUCAUCGGAAUGCCAGCGGAUUCUUCAAUGGGGACGGUUUACCAAGCAGGCAGCGUGGUCGGGGGAACAGGGUUUACAGGCGGAGGUAUUGUAGUACUUACUUGCUUCUACACAGCUGCACUUGGCGUACUUUCCUUCGUUUUUUGCGCAUAAGAAUAUGAUGGGCAUGACAAACAGAAUCAGAAACUCCUCAUACAAAUGUUCUCAGGUGGCCUGGAAGGCCAGAGUGGCGUGGCAACCGGGAUACCAGUGGCAGCCUCGACGGCAAGCACGAGCACCGGUUCGAGGUCAACUUUGCGAGCCGGUGCAGCCGCGAACGUGAAAACGGUCGAGAUGCGAGAAAUGGAAACCUUGGAGUCGCUAUCAAAUUCAAAUAUCCCUGGACGUCUAGAAGGAUGCAAGGUUUGUCAUGCUUGUCUGGCAUGGCUGAACCUGAUGAAGAGUUUGUGAUGCGUGUCCACGAAGAGACCCUUUUACGGGUCAUGCAAAAAUGCAGUUUGUCAUGCGGAAAAUGCAACACUAAGCAGCGAUCUUAUUUCUCUUGCUUGGCUGUGCAUUACAGUAGAGCAUUCACUAUUCCCAACCCAGCAUUACAAGUUUCCAGACCCAGACAUAUUUGCAGUUGAUAGUCCCUGCUCCGCGCCCUGGACGGACAUAUCAAAUGUAAAAAUGUCUGGGUCUGGAAGAAUCCGAACUUGUGAUGCGUGUAGCGGAUCAUACAAAAAUCUGUGUUGCAUGACUUGCAAAAGGUCCCCACUUCUGGCCAUGUUGCGAGGGCAUUUCUCAUGCAGAAUAGGCAUCACCCAGGGGCUGCAGAACCUGUGAUGCUAGGCCCUGCAUUCCAGACCUGGCGGAGCUUGAAAAACUGCAUGACAAAUCUCGGAAUUUUCCAGACCCAGACAUUUUUGCAUUUGAUAGGACAGCCGGAUGGGAACUUGAGACGAGCACGUACUUACAUAGUUAUCUGAAAUGUGAUUUUUCUCACCAAGUAGCGCUAAUAUGCGACGGUCGUUUGCAUUGAUCUGAUUCUGAAUGACAGAUCGGUAGUUCUUUCCUCUUCAUGGUGGCCUGCUGCGCAUGUUGGCUGAGAAGAAUGCAAGGAGCGUGUUUGCUUUCGUUUGUACUUAUCGAUCCAACGAAAUAUGAAAGCGAAAGCGAAACCACCUCAGGUGGCAUCCAGUUCCUGUCUUCGAAUACCGUCACAUGCCAGGAAUUCGCGGAAAUCGCUCAGAUAUCAAAUGCAAACAUGUCUGGGUCUGACAUAAAUAUGCACACUUGUCAUGCAGGUUUUACAUGAUGACCCAUGAGGUCUAGAAUGCAGGACCUAGCGUGACAGAUUUUGUGAGAUCUCUGUCAUGCUUUUCCCGCCGCAUGAGAAUCCCCCUCCUGACUUGGGCACUAAAACCGGGCAGCUUUUGGUAAUCAUGCAACGCAGAUUUUUGCAUGAUUCAGAUUUGGCAUCAUGACAAGUUGUCAUGUUCCAGAACGCCCAGACAUAUUUGCCAUGCAUACCAGAAGAUCGAUUUCUACCAGCGCGAGGAGUUCGUGUUGACCGCCGGGGUCAAGAACUGCGUCACUGA